GUGGAACCCCACUGUUUGUCUCCUCCAGCUAAAAAAAGAAAAACAUAAAAGGAAGAUUUAACCAUAUCUCCCAUUUUUAUUCUUCAUCAUCAUCAUCGCUUUGAUCGUCGUCACACAGAUCCUCCAUUUUCGAGAAUAGACUCAAAGUUUACUUUUCGUCAGAUCUUGGACGUUAUCAGCUCAGAGAGAGGAGAAGAAAGGUCAAAGGCAAAAGGGGGUUGAAGGAAGGAUGUCUUCUUUCACAGGAACUCAACAGAAGUGCAAGGCUUGCGAGAAGACGGUCUACCCUGUGGAGCUUCUCUCAGCUGAUGGUGUUAGCUAUCACAAGUCCUGCUUCAAAUGCUCUCACUGCAAAUCCAGGCUUCAGCUGAGUAGAUAUUCAUCCAUGGAAGGUGUGUUGUACUGUAAGCCUCACUAUGAGCAGCUCUUCAAGGAGUCUGGUAGCUUCACCAAGAACUUUCAGUCACCUGCAAAACCGGCUGAGAAAUCAAAUCCUGAACUGACAAGGACUCCUAGCCGAGUUGCUGGCAUGUUCUCUGGUACACAAGAGAAAUGCGCCACUUGCAGUAAAACUGUGUAUCCUAUCGAAAAGGUAACAGUGGAGAGCCAGACGUAUCACAAGUCCUGCUUCAAAUGCUCACAUGGAGGCUGCCCUAUCUCGCCUUCCAACUACGCAGCUCUCGAAGGAAUCUUGUACUGCAAGCACCAUUUCGCCCAGCUUUUCAAGGAAAAGGGUAGCUACAACCACUUGAUCAAAUCCGCUUCCAUCAAACGCUCUGCAGCCGCCGCAGUAGCCGCUGGUACACCAGCAACGGCGGUUCCUGAAUCUUAAAUUCAGUUAUCCUCUCCUCUAUCUAGUCUAAAUUGAAGUUAAUUCCAAACUGAUGCAGUUUACUUUUCUCUUUGUGUGUGAGUGUGUGUUCCUUUGUUUCCAUUGAUGUCUCCUUAAAGUCUUUGUGUUGUUAUCUGUAAGAAAAAUCUGAUACAUUCCUUUUGGAAAAUAUCAGUUUCAUAUUCUUGAGUGCAGA